AUUUGUUUUGAGAUUGUUGAAUUUACUUCAUAGUUCAUAGCUGUUGCUAGUGUUCUGCUUGUGUAGGCGUAAUGUUUGUGCGAAAUAGUAGUCUUAUAACAUUGGUGCAUCGUAAGUUCUUCGUUUCUAAUACCUAGUGUGAUAAGCAUGGUCGGUGCUGAGGCGUCUGAUGUUAAAACAUUCCCGUAUUAAGUAAACGUUUAAAUAUCCAAAAUUUUUGAUGGGAAGCAGACGUUGGUGAUGGACGACCAGUAUCGUGCGUGCAAUUAUUGCAAAAUUCCAGUACCAGCUUGUAAAUUUCAUGAACAUCUAAAAACAAAAGCUCAUCGUGAAAGGAGGAUGGCGUCAAAAUUGGAAUGUGGUGUCUAUAUCAGUCAACUACCAUUGAGAGUAACAAAGGAAAUACUAGUGGGAGUAUUGGAAAGGUUUGGUAGAGUUCGUGCGUAUUCUUUAAAUUCACACGCAGGCACAGCCAUAGUUUAUUUUGAAGACAGAGAAGCGGCUGAAGCAUUGCUCAAGUCAUCUGUGCAUGUUUUAAAUCAACUCAUCCACACAGAACCAAUAUCAGAAUCCAACCUGAAAAAAAGUACUUCACCUGAAGCUGGCAUCAAUAAUGCAGCUAUUAUUUUUGCUGUUGAGCAAGCUUGUCAGUCACCCAGUACCAACAUGGAAGAGCACAUAGGAAUAGUGCUGGAUUUUAUAAUUUUGAGAGAUCCAGCACGUGAUGACAAGGUGGCAACAAUUGUGGAAGACUUGGAGCAGCAUCUUGCAAAGCUGUUUCCAGAUUGUCGAGCUGAGUUAUUUGGUUCUGCAGUGACGGGGUUAACGCUACCAGGAGAUGCCAUUGACAUAUCAAUAUGCGACGGACCAUGUCGAAGAAGUGUGUCACUGCUGGGGAGUAAAGAAUCUGUUACUAACAUUCGCAAACUUUUGCUGAAUUUUCCGUACAAGUUUGCAAAUAUUGGUGAAAUACCAGAUGCAAGUGAACCUGUGAUAAGAUUCCUCCAUAGGUCUACUCACAUUUUGUGCAAUUUGGUUAUAAAUUACCCUGAAGGUCCUAGAUCUAGUCGCCAGUUGCGUUGGGUGCUGUGCCUGGAUGAACGAAUACGACUAAUUAUGGUAUUCAUAAAAUAUUGGGCAAAAUCUCUUAAACUGAUUAGUAAUGCAAAGUUCUCCAGCUAUGCAAUGACAGUGCUGGUUUUGUUUUACCUUCAACAAAUACCUGAAGCCAUGGUUCCUGCAUUACGUGUAUUGCAUGAUAAAAAUAUUCCUGAAAUGGCAGAAAACAUAACUAACAAGGAUCCUCUGAGAAUAUUAAUUGAAGAAUUUUUCGGUUACUUCUCAGAAGUUAGACUGGAGCAAGUAGUAUUGGCACCAUACGUGGGAGAUGUGCUGGACCGUGAAAUUUUCAUUAGAGGAGGAAUGGCAAUCCCACCAGAAAUGCAGCUGUACAAUAUAAUAAUGUAUAGUGGUGCUAGACCACUCAUGGUAAACACCCCUAUGGUUUUACAGGACCCGUAUCAAUUAAAUGUGAAUCUGACCAGUAGAGUUGAUGAAGAAACUGUAUCAGAGUUUCAAAUUAAAUGCAAACAAGCAUAUGAGAUGGUUAAGACCGGAAAUCUGUUGCAUCUUCUGAAAGCACAUUGCUCAUCCACACCCUCAGAAAAACCUCCAUCCUCUGCAGUUGUUAACACUUCAUUUAAAGCUGCAAGGUUUUUGCAACCAAAUUAUCUUGUACCAGAACCACAAAAUGAAGUUGUACUAGCAAAGAAGGAACUGUUUCAGAGGUGGCUCAAUGUAAUGUUUGUGAUUUUGCCAGACUUCUUGAUAAACUUUGUGAGGUUGCAAGUUGAACCUCAAGAUGUUCCAGCUGAACAGAAUUUCUGGGAACCUCGAGCAAAAGUACCUAGACUGUCAGAGGAGAGCAAUUCCAGCAAGUGGAAUUCAAGUAAAACCACCUCAGAAGAGGGUGUGACAAAAAAGUGGUUAUGCAGGGGAUGUCCCGUUGUAUGCUCUUGGCAGCACCGGAAGAAGGUUGCUGUUGAACUUGAGCUGGCUCCAUCCAUCCACCCAAUGGAGCGUGAAGUCCUAAUUUCAAAGUACUUGGAGCAAUCAUUCCGGAGUGAGGAAGUUUCAUUCUACCUUACUGUAAUAGUGGAUGAAGAUAAGGAGAUGGUUCGCUGUCUGUUCGAGAACCUCGAUAGGAAAACAGAACCAUUUUCAACUGUGGCACACGCACUUGUUACUUUAUUACCAUUAUGGAUAAAUAAUGCUUUCGAGGUUGGUUUUUCACUGCGAUGUGUUACAGGCAUUUAUAUUCCAGGGGACAUGCAAAUAGGUGCAAGUAGAAAUUUGAACCCAUCUGGAUGUUGGUGAAAUGAAGUGUUGUCAGUUAUCUAGAACUCAUCAUCUUGUAAUCUAGAAUACUAAGAGUGUUUCUCUAGUUCAUAAAGUUUAAUUGUGAGAAACUAGUGUGUGGACUAGAAGAGUGUAGUGAACUGGUAAUAUCUGGAAGUUCUAGAAAUAAGUAAUAUUCCAUUUUUUUCCUUGUUUAAGUGUAUCAAAAAUACAGAUGUGAGGCAUUAUGUUGCCAGAGACUCUUUAUUGUGUAACUUCUCUUGAUUUUACAUUGGCAACACGUAAUUCUUUUAUGUAGCAUAUUCAGUUAUCUCUGUAUCUAUAUUGUUGUGCUGGAAGAUUUUUUUGCAGAAAUACACAGGUAUAUUUACUGGA